AUGGUUGUUUGUAAAUAUUUUAUUGAAGGACGUUGUAGAUUCGGUAAUUCAUGUCAGUAUGAACAUUCUGGUCAACCCUCCUCGUCCUCGUCUUCCUUUUCAUCAACUCAUCAUCAGCAACAAUCACGUAGUACUGGUCAAAACAACAUAUACUCACGAUUAGGCUUCUGUAAGGCCGAAGCAAAUUUAAGAAAAGACUUGAUUGAAGAGAGACCGAUAUAUCGAUAUUCAGUAUUUGCUCCAAUGAAAGACGAACCUAACAUGAUAGAAGGAACAGAUUUUUCACCGGAAGAAUUAAGAUUAGAAUAUUAUAACAUUAACAAUACGUAUGGAAACGACGCACAAUAUGUACGUGCCCAACAAGGUGUAAGAGAUUUAGAAGAAAGAAUGCAAAGUAAAAUUGAUUCAAUACUUAAAGAUGUUAGUGGAGUGGGGGGAUUUCAACAACAACAAAAUACACCAAGCAUUUUUGGCACAUCGUCUUCUUCUUCUCUAACUAAUAAUAUCAAUCCAUUUGGCGGCGGUGGUGGUGGUGCAAAUAUGGGCGGCUUCGGUAAUAAUGGAUUUGGUGGCGGUGGUGGCAGUAGCGGCGGCGGUAAUACAUUUGGCGCGGGAAUGGAUCUAAAUUAUGCUCUAAAUGGUAGUGGUAAUGCUUCGACGUUUUCACAACAAAAAACGACCGGGUUAUUUUCGUCGCCAUCUUCUUUGUUGUCAUCAUCGACUACUAAUUCGUUUGCACAACCACAAGGUUUUAAUCUUCAAUCAAAUACUGCUAAUAAUAACAACACAAUGAAUCCAAAUACUGACAAUAGUAAUAAUAAUAAUAAAGGAUAUGAUCUUUAUAACUUUCCAGAAAUACUUUAA